AUGUUUGAUCAACGGGAGGAGGCAAAAAAUUAUUUCCCCGAUUUCAUGCUGAAUGAUUCGGGGUGCUACAACAUCGCCGAAGGAGAUUCCUUGGGUGUGAAUUACGUGAAUAAUCUUAAAAACAAACUUUUUAAUUUUGAUACCAUUCAAACAAGUCAUGUGGAAGAUGAAAGUGGUGACUGCCAGAACAGGGUCGGAAGGACAAAUGGGUGUGACGAUGACCGCGCAAGUAUGAGCAGAUAUAACAGUGGGGAGACCAGCGUAGAGGUCAACCAGCAGAUCUCCAGUAUGAUUAGCGGAGAAGGCAUCGUCGAAGAACGUAUCGCGCAGAGCAAUGAAGAAAUCUCAGGAGAAGGAGCAGCAAAGCCGACUGGUAUACAGGACGGAGGAGAGUUAACCAGCGGAUUGGACAGCAUAAGCUCCAUGAACCCCGACGUGUACGACAAGAAGGAAAAAUCGAACAAUAGCAGUGCCAACGCUCCAGUGAAAGCAGAGAAGAGGGAUCGCACGCCCAACGACUACCUGAACAUCAAGAAGAGCAAACUGAUUAACAACUUGAAUUUUUUCAUGCGCGUGUGCUGCAACAAAAACUCCUAUAUAAAAUUCAUUAAUCACUACUUUAACAUAAUUUACUGCAACAAUAUCAGCAUAUUAUUUAUGUAUGAGGGUAUUUUGCAAAAGUUCGAUGAGCGGAAUGAGAUGAAUUUGACGGAGAAUGACUACUACAAUGCGUAUGUGAAGCUGAACCAGGUGCCAAUAGUGAUAUACGGAAAUGGGGGUAGUUGCGAUAACGGUAUAUUCGAUGGAUGUGCAAAUGGAAGAGGUUUUGCAACCGCCCUGAGCGAAAUAAAAAUAGACCUGGACACGAAUCAAGAGUGCCUCAGAAACAACUCCAACCUUGAAAGCAGUGUGCUCAAUUUUAUUAACAUUUACGAUAAUUUGACAGUCAACUUUUUCAAUCAUAUAUUCACCAAAAUUAACAACAAAGAAAUGAACAUACAUAAUUCGAACAUAGACCUUAUCAUAUAUAAUUUUCUGUACAAGAAGCAUCUCCUAAAGGAGAAUAUUUUUAAUCUGCUACUAAAUAUUAGCAAGUCUUAUGAAAUAAAAUAUGGUAACAUUCUUGCGGAGAUAAAAAAUGACGAACAUAUUAAGGAGAAAAAUGAGAAAAUAAUUUUUGAAAUGUUGAAGGACAAGUUGGAGGGGCGAUUCAGUGGCUCCAAAAAGAGGGGACGAACACCGUGGGGAUUGCACUCCGAUGUGUGCAACGGUGGGAGUGGCGUUGAUAUGGGUGUGUGCCAAGGUGAGGACUACAACUCCCAGAACGGCUGCUUGUACGACUCCCAUCAAAUGCGACCCGCCGAUAGUUAUGACCACAUGCAGGAGGGACAGAAUCAAAGGGGAAUCGACGGAGAUGCAGGAAGCAUGGCCAACUGGGGGAAACCCGAAAUGCAUGAAUCGUCCCAUGGGGAGCUAAAUGAGUUACUAAGUAAAAGCAAGGAAAGCGAAACUGCAGAUAUUUUUUGCGAAAUAAAAGACUCAAAUAUGAACAAUAGUAAUUUUAACAACAUGAUUAGCAACAACACAGAUGCGACUACGACGACGGCAGGAAGUGGAACGUCUACGUCAACGGGGUGCACCACUGGGAAUGUGUACAGUCAUGGGGCAGACAUGGCGUUGGAGGAGAGAGUUGUUCAUGUGGAAAGCGGGAUCACGUCCACCAGUUCGAUCUACGAAUUUGGGGAGAACUGCGCCCAGUGUGGGGGCACCAUGAGUAACGGCAACUGCGCUAACUGUUCCAACUGUGUGAACUUCCCGAACGGAGAACAUCCCCUGCUGCAAGACAUUAAGGAGAUGCUGAACAAAGAAAUCGAAUCGUACGAAGAGUACUAUACCAAAGGAAUGGAGGAGGAAGAAGAUGAAGAAGUAAAGGAAAAAAAUGAAAACAUAAUAGAAAAUAUUUACACCUUUUUAAAAAAUAAUGUAUUCAUCCCAAGCAACAAUAUAUAUACAGACUUUAUGGAAAACGGGAAUGAUAUUUUUUUUAGCAAAAUAAAAAAAAACGAUAAAGCUACCUACUUUAGGCUGAUAGAAAGAUUCGAUCGCAUGUACAACUUUAUAAAUGAAUUCAGGAGCAGCCAUUCGGCGAAUGAAAUGAGUGAAGAGAGAGUCAGUCAGGAAAUCAGCGAACCGUUCCCCAAGUACAGAAAGAGAAGAUGUAGCCACGAGGAGGAUGAAUCAAGAAACGCAAGUCACACGAAGAGGUGCUUGCGGAAUUACAACAGUAAGAAGAACCGGCCGAUUAAGAGGAGCAAAAGGAUUAUCAAGAAGGCCGAGAUGUCUAGACUUAAAAAAAUGAAGUAG